CCUGAACUGGAUCUUUUAUGGACUAUGGACUUCCUAGGAGUGCAACAAAUCAAAGAUUGAGAGUGUCCAUAUCAGUAACAACUUGAUAGAUGAAUUCCAACUUGAAACAGUCGAAGCCAGGAAGAGUGCUGCAGAGCACCCAGAGGGCCGACUACAAGCCCUUCACCGAGGCCUCGCUUCAGCUGUACCAGUUCCGCUGCCAACCGCAGAAGAAGCCCACCCCGCCCACUCCACCACCUAAGGUUGACGAGGACACGUGGGCCAAGUACCGCAAGUACUGCUACAGGACCACCAACAGUGUCUAUGGAUCCUCCUCCUUCACUCAGAAGGGGAAGUCCCUAGUGGUUUCUGUCCUGGAGAAAGACCGUAAGGAGCAGCAGACCCUCUCGGCUGCCAACGCGAAACCCUCUGCCACUCCCCCUCGAGCAGGGUGCCAGGACACCACCGUGCCCCCUGCCGAGGGGAGCAAGUCGACCGCUUGGACCUCCUCGUCCUCUUCCUCCGGCACCGGCCCGACCAACAACCUCUCGUCGGCUUCGUCUGCGUCCGCCUCCGCGCUCACCCCCACCACCUCUCUGGCCCAGCAGCCGCACACCUGUGCUGGCCCCGCCGCUGCCUGCCCUACGAGAAGCGACAUCAAAGAGGCAUGGUCAGCCGCCGCCGCCGCGCCAGCUAAGGAGGCUGCGCCGGUUGCCAAGGAGACUGCGAAGGCCACAGACAAGCUACCGCAGAUUGGCAGUGGAGAAGGUGGUGUGGCCCAGCUGCAGGAGCAGACAGACAGACCCAAGACCGGCGCCCUGCCGAGGACCUACGAGGACUUCCUGUCGGACAUGUGCCACUCUGUCCGGCUGGAGCGGCUGCUUAAUCAGCGCUUCGCAUCGCAGACCGCCACAGUCCUCAAAGGGAGUCAGCCAGAACACACCACCAGCUACAGGGAGAGUUUCCACAACCUCCAGCAGGACAAGAAGCCCUUGAAGGCGGUCACGGUCAAGCUCCCUAAACCUGAAAGAAAACAACGGAAUCUGUACUACGUGUCGGAGUAUGCAGACAAGUUUGGCUUCCUACAGCGGACAUUUCCUCCAAGCAUGUCCCUGAACACCGCUCCGGUCAAAGUGGCGCGCCCACAGCUAGCCAUCCAGCGCACGGCCCCUUCGGCACAGUGGUUCCUGUGCUCCGAAUACAUGGCUAGUUUCCGCAACCCGAGCACCGUGGUCAGGCCAAAGACAUGCUGAAUCUUGAGGAUCUUCUACUAGAUGCUGAUGGACCUCUAUCACAACCACCACCACCAUAAUCUUCAUCAACAGACAAUACAUCGUGUCAAGAUUUUUAAGGUUUCAGUGAUGUUAUUUUACGUAAAUUAAACAAA